AUGAGGAUCUAUUGUUUGGGUAAUACUUUAUCUUUAAUUAACAUAAUUAGUGCCGACAAUGAAGAAGACUCCUAAAGUGAAGGAGAAAUAAGGACUUAAAGAGUUUAAGAAGAACAAGAAUGCUUUGAGGAUGAGUUUGAGAGAGAUGAGGAUCAAGUUGAUAAUGAAGAGGAAGAUGGAGAAGACAUUCUAGAGAACAUGGAGAAUGAUUACAAUGCAAACCCAGAGUUAGAUAGAUACGAAGAGGAGGGAAUAGAUGAUGAGCAAUAAGAGGAACUUGACCAAUUUCAGAGGAGAUAAAUAGAAAAAGAGCUAUUGUAGCAGGAGAGGUUGAUGCAAAUCGAUCAAUAGAAUCUCAAAAAGAGAGUUCCAGCGGCGUUUAUGGAUACUGAUAUGAACGAAGAUAUGGCCAAUGAAGAAGAUGAAGAGUCUCAGUAAGUUAAAAGAAAGCAGAACAUGCAGAGAUUGAAGCAACUUGAUAUCCUCGACUUUGAAGAUGUUAGAGGCAAAAUUAGCACUUGGAUAUAGAGACCAGAAGUUGUGCUGUGGAUAAGGAAGAAUUUUUCACAUUUCCUUAGAACUUACAAGGAUGAAAAUCAAGUCAAUGUUUACGAACAAAGGAUCAAUGAAAUGUGUUCUUAGAACAAGUAGAGUCUAGAGGUAAAUUUCUCACACCUUAGCAGAUAAAAUCCGACUCUAGCAAUAUGGCUUGCUGAAGAACCUCUGAGGAUUCUUCCUAUAUUAAAUACAGUUGCCUAUGAAAUAACUUUGGAAUUGUACUCAGAAUACUUCAAUAUCCAUAAUGAAUUAUAUGUCAGAAUCAUUGAGUUGCCUGUCGAAGAUAAGAUCAGAGACUUAAGAAGGCUGCACAUUAAUCAGCUGAUUAAGGUAAAAGGAGUUGUAACAAAAAGAUCAAGCAUUUUCCCAGAGCUAAACAUGAUUUACUUCAGGUGUUAAUGUGGAGAUCUAAAAGGGCCAAUUUAUCAUAGUAAUUCUAAAGAGCCUAGACAAUAUCUUGGAUAGUGUGUGAUGUGCUAGUCAAAUGGUCCAUAUACCAUUGAUGAAUCAAAAACUCUAUACAGAAACUAUCAAAAAAUGACUAUUUAGGAGACUCCAGGCAGUGUUCCACCAGGAAGGGUUCCAAGAUAAAAAGAUAUCUAUCUCAUCAAUGAUCAAGUUGACUCUGCUAGACCAGGCGAUGAAGUUGAGAUUACUGGGAUAUUCAUAAAUAUCUUUGAUUAUAUCUCUAACAUAAAGCACGGCUUCCCAGUCUUCAACACAAUAAUUGAGGCUAAUUAUGUGAAGAGACAUGGAGACGAAGAUAUGAUAAUUCUAACUGACGAGGAUAAAGAAGAAAUAACCAAACUUGCCAAGUAACCAUUAAUCGGCUAGAAAAUUAUAAAUUCAAUAGCUCCUUCUAUAUAUGGGCAUAAAUUUGUAAAAAAAGCUCUGGCUUUGGCGAUGUUUGGUGGAGAGUCAAAAGAUAUAAGCGGCAAGCAUAGAAUUAGAGGUGAUAUCAAUGUGCUGAUGCUAGGUGAUCCAGGCACAGCUAAAUCAUAAUUUCUCAAGUAUGUUGAGCAAGUAUAUCACAGAGUUGUCUACACUACAGGAAAAGGAGCUAGUGCAGUUGGACUUACAGCAGGAGUCCAUAGAGACCCUAGUACAGGAGAUUGGGUUCUUGAAGGAGGUGCCUUAGUUUUAGCAGAUAAAGGAAUCUGUCUUAUCGAUGAGUUUGACAAGAUGAACGAUCAAGAUAGAACUUCAAUUCAUGAAGCAAUGGAACAGCAAAGUAUUUCCAUAUCAAAAGCAGGCAUAGUUACUACUCUCUCAGCAAGAUGUAGCAUAAUAGCAGCAGCUAAUCCUGUUAAAGGAGUCUAUAACACAGCUCUUAAUUUCAUAGAUAAUGUUGACUUAACUGACCCAAUAUUGUCAAGAUUCGACAUUUUGUCAGUCAUUAAGGAUGAGGUUAAUGAAGAGCAUGAUGAUGCAUUAUCAACUUUUGUAAUUAAUUCCCACAUCAAAUCUCAUCCUGAAGUUCAGAAAGACUUGAAAUUCUUGAAAAAGGAUGAAGAAUGCAAAACUGAAGAGGAUUUUAAAAACUAUUAGUUAACCAUGGAAUAUCUAUCUAGUACUCUUCUAGAUAAUUCUAAGCUUUAGACUGAUCAAUCUGAAACAAUAGACCAGUAAAUGCUGAGGAAGUAUAUAAUCUAUGCUAAGAAAUACGUGCAUCCGAAGUUGAAUGAGAUUGAUAAAGACAAAAUAACUUAAUUCUAUGCUGAUAUUAGGAGAGAAUCGUCAUUAGUCUAAGGUAUUCCAAUUGCAGUAAGGCAUAUUGAGAGUGUCUUAAGAAUGGCAGAAGCUCAUGCCAAAUUACAUUUAAGAGAUUAUGUUAGAAUUGAUGACAUAGAUUUGGCUAUCGAAAUGCUCCUUGAGAGCUUUCUUCAAUCUUAAAAGCUAUCAGUUGCAAGACAUCUAGCAAAGAGAUUUGAAUAGUAUAAGACAAAGAAAAGUGAUCCAAAUCAAAUCCUAAUCCACCUUCUGAAAAAGAUGGUCAGUGAUAGAGCUCUCUACGAUAAGUACAUCAAAGGCCUUGAUGACAAUGAGAGAAUCAAAGUUAUGAUACCACUAGACUAGCUGAGAAAUGAAGCUAAGGAUCUAGCUCAUCAUCAUGUUGAUGAUUUCUUGUAUUCUGAUGUGUUUAAAAAAGAAUAUCUCCUUGAUGGAAGAAAUAUUGUAACUCUGAAAGAAGUUUGA